CCAUUAAACAAUAAGCAAUUAUUAAAGCCAAAAAAAGAAGAGAAAGUGGGAGCAUGUGAGAGUGUGAGAAAGAGAGAGAAACACAGGAGAGAAGAAAAUGAUGGAAAAAGAGAGAGAAGGAAAAGAAAUGGUCCACCCUUCGUUGCAGACAUAUCAGUAUUACCAGAGGGAUGCAUAUCGGACAUAGUUUCACUUUCAUUGACGACUCCUAAGGAUGCUUGCAGAGUGUGUGCGGUUUCUCCUAUAUUCCGUGCGGCUGCAGAGUCCAACGCUGUCUGGGAGAGGUUCUUGCCGUCCGAUUAUCAAGCCAUCAUUGCUCGAUCAUCAUCAUCAUCGGAUUCCUUGAAUUUGUGUUCUAAGAAAAAGAUCUACCUGAGUCUCUCCGAUAACCCCAUCCUAAUUGACGACUCUAAAAAGAGCUUUUUCUUGGACAAAUCGAGUGGUAAGAAAUGUUACCUACUUGCUGCAAGGGAGCUGUGCAUUAUAUGGAGUGGUUCUCCUCAGUUUUGGAACUGGAUUUCUCUACCUGAAGAAUCCAGGUUCCCAGAGGUAGCUGAACUUUUAAAAGUGUGCUGGCUUGAUAUCUUUGGCAAGAUGAGCACUUCAAUGCUGUCUCCGAAUACAAACUAUGCUGCUUACCUUGUGUACAAGUUGACGGAGGAGGCCUAUGGAUUUGAUCACCUUCCUCCAACGGUUUCACUUGGAACUACUGAAGGAGGUGAAGUUUGUAGGCAAACUGUUUUUUUGUAUCAGCCUGCCGUGGAGCCAAACCAGCAAGACCAGAUUGUACCGCCACAGCAGCCGCAACACACUUCGCAUCCAAGUCAGAGAAAAGAUGGAUGGUUAGAGAUUAAGUUGGGUGAGUAUUUCAACGAGGAAGGAAAUGAUUAUGAACUGCAGAUUAGACUUUUGGAGGGAGAAUCUCAUCAGUGGAAGAGCGGCCUCAUUGUUGAAGGGAUGGAGAUCAGGCCAACAAAGGGUUAAUAAAAUUUGUGCUUUAAUAAGUAUCGUAAAUAAAGGUAAAGUUAGUUGAAAUAAUACAAUGAGACUCAUAAAUAGUACUAAAAAGUGCAAUAAACCUAUAAAUAGUAACAAAAAUAAACUGAAUAGUGAAAUAAUUUAUAAUUUUAAUCCAGGUCCAAAUGCACACUAAGUAGCAUUAAUGAAAUUUGUGUUUUAUCAGCAUUAAGUGGCAUUGAUGUACUAUCAUACUUAUAUUGUGUUAAUAUUUUGCUUUAUUGACAAAAUUUUGAACAUUAGAAGUUUACUUGUAAUAUCAUUUUUUUACCCAUAAUGAAAUGAUGAGAAGGGUAGUGAAGUAUGCAGCUUUGAAAAGCCAAAAA